AUGAGGAACUUUACUCACAAAAAGGAGUUACUUAGGCCUGCUAAGACUCGAUUUGCUACAUGUUUCAUCACAUUAUCAAGUAUUCACAAGCAAAAGAAUAACUUGAGAAAGAUGUUUACUUCAGAAGAAUGGAAUCGUAGUAAAUGGGCGAAAGAGGAAGCCGGUAAAAGAGUUGCUUCUUAUGUUUUGAUGCCUUCCUUUUGGAACAACAUUGUCUUUAGCCUUAAGGUUUCCGGUCCUCUUAUUCCGGUUUUGAGAUUAGUUGAUGGCGAGAGAAAGCCUCCCAUGGGAUACAUUUAUGCGGCUAUGGAUAGGGCUAAAGAAGCCAUUGCAAAAUCAUUUGGGGGAGUAGAAGAUAAAUACUCAGAUAUUUUUGAAAUAAUUUAUAAGAAGUGGAAUGUUCAACUUCAUCGCCUUUUGCAUGCAGCAGGUUAUUAUUUGAACCCAGAAUACUUUUAUUCAAAUCCGAAAAUUGAAGAAGAUGAAGAGAUUGCAAAGUGUUUGUAUGCAUGCAUUGCAAGAGUCGAUAAAAAGAUGAAGCUAAAGUUGCUAAACAUCAUUAUUAAUUUUUUUUUAAUAGCUAAUUGGUGGGAAGCUUAUGGCAAGUCAACAAAACUUCUCAAAAAGUUUGCUAUAAAGGUUUUAAGCCUUACUUGCAGUUCUUCUGGUUGUGAACGAAAUUGGAGCGUGUUUGAGCAUCUUCAUAACAAGAAAAGAAAUAGGCUCGCUCAAACAACUUUGAAUGAUUUAGUGUUCACCAAAUAUAAUAGAGCAUUGAGGCGUCGAUAUAAUAUGCGUGACACUCUUGAUCCCAUUUUACUCGAUGACAUUGAUGAGAGCAACGAGUGGUUGACGGGGAGGAUGGAUGAUUCUGAUGCAGAACAUGAUUUAGUCUAUGAAGGUGAUUCCUUGACAUGGGGUGAUGUUGCUAAUUUUGCUGGUAUUGGAGAGGCAAGUAGGCCACAACGGUCUACUAGAUCAAAAUCUAGUUCUAGUUCACGGUUACCAACAAAGGGAGCAGGAAGUUCUUCAGUUCGACUUGUGGAUGAGGAUGAGAAUGAUUCAGAUGAGAUAGAAGAGGAUCCUGAGAAUUAUGAAUCAUUUAGUGACGAUCAAAAUGAUGUUAUGCUUAUUGAUGACGAUGAUGAUAUUUAGAUUCAUUGGUGUUGUCUUCUUAGGAAGAAAUGAUGUUUAUAUUUGUUUUAGUUUUAUCUUAUACUUCUCCUUAGUUGACUUUUGCAUCUUUAUGUUAAUAUGUUUGAUUAUUCACUGUUUUGAACUCAAGUACUUGAUUUACUUGGUUUUGGCAUCUUUAUGUUGAAUAUUUAACUUAAGUAAUUCAUUUAGUUGACUUUUACAUCUUUAUAUAUACUAUUGCAUCUUUAAUACUUUAUUGGGUGGGUUUUGUUUUUUUUU